AUGUCUACUAUAGAGGAUCUUCUUGCGCGGAAAGAAGAAUUAGAGCGCGAAAUUGCAGAUCUCAAGCAAACAGAGAAGACAUUGGAUGAUGAGAUACUGAGUCUAGAUGAGGAAGUGGAGGAAGAUCUGACAAAAAUUGACGAAGAACUGGCACAUCACCAAUAUUUUGAUGAGCUAAUACAGAACCUGAUGACCGAGGGAAUACGACAAGUCGAAAUAGAUAAGCACCGAAGGAAUGAUGCUAAACGCCAAAAACGUGAAAAUGCAAGAAAGCGUAGCAAUGACGAAUAUGAAGAACUACGUGAACGACUACAGCCUGCUAUCUGUCUUGAGAACGCGUAUCGUUUGGGUGGACUCACUGCUUUUCCCGUCAAUGAUCCCCAGGCAGGCGAAUCCGAUCGAUUUUUGGGAAUACGGUUUGACAUCUUUGACCCGUAUUCCUUCAAAUAUACAACCCCACACUAUGUGAUCUUGCGCAAGGACCCCAAAAAUGACCUCUGGGAGGUCUUCAAGACCACUAUACCCAACUAUGUUCCUCUUAAUUCGCUUGCUUACGAGCAUUUGAAUGACGAUAUGAUCCGAUUUGCAGGUCAUGUGCGCCGUCACCUUGUACAACUACAACUCAAAAAGGCCGUUUUUCUUCGACUGCAGGAAAAACUUGAAUUUCCGUCAGGCUUAGAUCACGAUUUAGAUUUCACCAAGAUAAGCGUCAACAUCAAGGAUAAAUUAGAGAUAGUUUUGAUCUGCGACUUGUACCGAGUUACCAAAGCGAUGGUCACCUACAUUGAUCCUGAGGUGAGCCGAGCGUCCAAGCAGGUUGAAGUUUUAUUGUCAGGAUUAUCUCUCAAUGAUUUCGAUGAGAAGUUUCUUGAAGUGAUACAAGCCUGGUAUAAAUAUUAA